AUGGACAACCGCAAGUUCAGCAUCAACCGCAACACCGGUGUGCCCCGCCCCGCACGCCGUUUCUCCAUCGGAGAGCCUGGCUUGAACGAGGCUAGCAGUAAGAUCCAUCGCCAGUUCCGUGCUGCUCACGAAGGCCAUCUUCCACAUGCCGGCCUAGACGCCACUAGGGCCUCUACCGGUGUCGUCUGGUGCACUGAGCGUGCGGCCGAGUAUGGCUUCCUUGAGGAGCCUGAGAAAUGGGCCAACCUAGGGCAGGGUGCCCCUGAGGUCGACGACGAUAUUGAGGGCUGCUUUGACCGUCCCACCCACAUCGAUAUCAGCGCCGCAAGCCGUGAGUAUGGCCCAACUGCCGGUAUCAAGCCCCUCCGCGAGGCCGUCGCCCAUCUCUACAACGAGAUGCACCGUAAGGGCAAGGCCAGCCAGUACACCUGGGAGAACGUUGCCAUCGUGCCGGGUGGUCGUGCCGGUCUCAUCCGUAUCGCUGCUGUCCUGAACAACGCCUACGUCGGUUUCUUCAUUCCUGACUACACCGCCUACAACGAAAUGCUUUCUCUAUUCAAGAACUUCGCCGCUAUCCCCGUUCCCCUCUCCGAGGAGGACGGCUACCAUAUCCACCCGGACAAGAUCGCCGAGGAAAUUGCCCGUGGUACCGGCGUCAUCCUCACCUCGAACCCGCGCAACCCUACCGGCCGCGUCGUCCAGAACCCGGAGCUGGCCGAGAUCCAAGACCUGUGCCGCGAGCGUGCUACCCUUGUCAGCGAUGAGUUCUACUCGGGCUACAACUACACCAGUGACUGCGACGGUUCCACUAUCAGCGCGGCUGAGAACGUUAUCGACGUCGAUGAGGACGACGUCCUGAUUAUUGACGGUUUGACCAAGCGCUUCCGUCUCCCAGGCUGGCGUGUUGCGUGGAUUAUCGGACCCAAGGAGUUCAUCAAGGCCAUUGGCUCCUGCGGUUCCUACCUUGACGGCGGCACCAACGUGCCCUUCCAAGAGGCCGCCGUCCCCAUGCUCGAGCCCUCCCUCGUGCAAAAAGAAAUGGUCGCGCUGCAGACCCACUUCCGCACAAAGCGCGACUACGUCGUCAAGCGUCUCCGCGACAUGGGCUUCGUCAUCCGCUACGUGCCCGACUCGACUUUCUACCUCUGGCUCAACCUCGAGGGCCUGCCCGGCCCCAUCUCCGACGGCCUGAACUUCUUCCAGGCCUGUCUGGAUGAGAAGGUCAUUGUCGUGCCUGGUAUCUUCUUCGAUCUCAACCCUGCGAGGCGUAGGGAUCUGUUUGACAGUCCCUGUCAUCACUUUGUGCGGUUCUCGUAUGGCCCGCGCAUGGAUGUGCUUGAGAUGGGAUGUGAUGGUAUUGAGAGGGUUAUCAAGAAGUUCCGCAACUUGGUCAGCCACUGA